AUGAGCGCUGUUUCUGUGGAGAGGGCUCUGAAUGACAACGCGGACACCGGCCUGGACGCUGAUACGCGCUCUGCCAUGGAGAAGGAGGUCAUCUCUAACAGGCAGCAUUUGAAGACUCUGCUUCCUCUUCCUCAUCUCCAUCCUCCCUCUCCUUGCCCAGACAUUAUUUCCAUGGUCAUCCAGCGAUUGGCAUAUUUCUUCUCUCUCUCCCUAACUUCCACUCUGGCAUCUGACCGUUCCUCUGUCCUUCCACUGCUCCCCUCCUCAGCGCCUCCCCCGUCGGACCGGGCCUACCUACAGGCGGCAGCCAUUUUCCAGCAGCUUCGGGCCGAGAAGCCAGAAACGCAGCAGCUUCUCCGUUACGACAAAAAGGCCGAUGCGCCCCUGCCCGAGUGUGGAGACAAAGCCUUACAGGAACAAGCCUAUCAACUCGCCUUCAACACGCUCAGAUAUCAAGAUUUACUUGAGAACAUCAUUGCUGACAGCUGUUUCCACACAUCUCAGCAUAUUUGUGACGACUUGUUGCCGUUGGCGAUGGUGAUGCUUUUCGACUUCCAGGACAGAAAGUUUCUGCCUUAUAAGCGGUCAGCACCAGAGGGGCGGGAGACUGUGAAACUAGUCAGGGACCUGGACAGCAGUCUGCAAAAGUGCAAAAUCAAGCUGGCGGCAUCUCUCGCUCGCUAUAGAGUGAAGCAGAACCUGUGGAGCGUGUCCUGCUUUCUGUCCGACUCUGUGAGGACCAAGCACCACAGGGCGAAAUGCCUGCCGCUUUACGCCUGGAUCAACACCCUCAAGGCAAGCGUUGACGAGGUGUGUGAACUUUUACGAGGCGCCGGCUUGAGGGAAGCUGAGAAUGUGGCCGACCUGACGGAGGCCGGCUUCUGCAGGGACCCUCUCUGUCCAGACACGCUUGUGUUCUCCCACCGGCUGCGCCCGGUCCUCGAACGCAGCGCCCUCACCACCACACACCUGCUCAACAUUCAGGACAGGAGUGUGUGCGUUGCAGCGAGCGUGCUGCAGCCCGUGCUGUUUGAUAAAGGAGACGUCCUGGUGGCCGGCUCAUUCUCAGCUCUGACCGUGGCCCACGUAGCCACCGUGGCCGCGGCCCGCUCGGGCCGAGUGCUGGUGUGCGGCGGCGACCACACGCCUCCACAGCUGGAGGAGAUGCAGGAGCUGCGAGCACGAAUGGAAAUCAAAAAUGUGCGAGUCCUGUCGGAAGCCUUCUGCAGCCUGGAUGAGUGGCACACCGCCGUCCAGAGGUUAAAGGUCAUCAUAGUGCUGCCCCGGUGUUCGUCCUCUGCCCUGAAUGACCCCGUGGCCACCAUCCACAGUGAACAUGGAGACUGGGAACUGCUGCCAGAUUUGUCUCAAGGAUCCGUCUCAAAAAGCAAGCUACUGUCUUUGGCUACCCAGCAGGCUCGACUGCUAGCACACGCUCUCAUCUUCCCAAAGGUCCAGACGGUGGUUUACUGCACACGCUCGGAGUAUCCUGAGGAGAAUGAACAGCUGGUGGGGAGAGUGUUAGAAAAAACACACACUCACCCCAAACUGCUACCCUUCAGGGUGAACGGUCCAAUUUUCCCUGAUGAAUCCCCGACAGGAGACACAACAAACUCCAAGUUCUUCAGGCUGGAGCCGUGUCAGCUCACCAACGGCUGCUUCAUAGCCAGACUGUCCAGGCAGGCUGACCCCACUAAGGUGGAAACAGUCCAGGAUGUCCUGGCCAGGGCAGCAGCCAAGGGCCUCCUUGGCAAUAUCAUCCCUGAGCCGUCGAAAAACGGUAAAAAGGGAAAAGGAAAGAAGAAUCAAACUACAUCAUCAAGCAAACCUCCGUCCCCCUCCGGCCAGGAGGGACUGGCCGAGCCGGAGCCUGAAAACGGACGAGGUUCAGCGACCCCUUCGAAAGAUGAAGAAGAGAGAGGCGAUGACAGGGAGGAGGCGGCGGGCGAGGAGGUGAGCGGCGCCGGGGGGGCGAAGAAGAAGAGGAGAAAGCGGAAAAAGCAUCCGAAACAAACCAAAAGCAAUUCCACCGGCCAGAAGGUCCAGCCGACAGGCCGCAGGAAGAAGCCGGCGGCGAAAAAGGCCAACCCUUCGCAUCACAGGGGGCAGCAGAUGAGGAGCAAACCCAGACGAAUACCCCGCCUCACGCUCUCCUUAAUGUCGGCGGCUAAACCCUCCAGCCACUUGUCUCCAAUCACGGCCGUGGCGCACAAGAUCAGCGGCAGUCCGGCCGUCAAAUCGGAGCCCCCGCCAAACUCCAAAAAGCACCCCGGGCCGGCCCCCCCUUCCGCCCCUGGUUCUCCACACGUGGCCGCCAGGAGAACAGUGGCGCCCGUCGCUAAACAGCCCAGACAGGUGGAAAGACCAAGGAACGUGGUGAGAAAGCAGGAAGUGACCAAGACAGGCGACCGGAUCCUGCCGCCCAUUUCCCCCCGUUCUCCGAGCGCCUCACGCAGGAGAAUUCACGGUUCGGCCUCUCAGGCCUCCGGCUCUUAG